AUGGAUCAUUAUUUGACGACGUACAGAAAGGACUACCUAUGGCCCAAUCUGCCCGGAGCGGGGGGAGGAGGCGCCGCCACCGGAAUAGGGGGGAUGGCCGAGACUCCAAAACUAUCUGGUGAAGAGUUAGCGUUCUACCAAGCGUGUAUGCAGCACUCACGCCCCCCAGAUUGCAGGUGUCCACAGUACUCUGGUGGGGAGAUGCCGCAGCUGCCUCCGGGGAAAGAAGGCGGUUGGAGUAGGAACGAGAUCAUGGGACCCUUGUUGGAUCCGAAGUUAUACCCGGUACGUGUGGGAGCUGCCCCUGAGACACCCACCUCGCGAUAUGAUCAGCCUAAUGCGUUCUUGGACAAGCUUCAAUCAAAAUAUCCGAUGCUGUACAGCAUCCUACAAAACGAGGCGUCCCCGGAAUUGAAACAAAGGAUUGACAGGGAUCGUAAUAAAACUACGUACCAAGUGGACUAUUGCGAGAGCGGACCCGGCGCUAAAUUCGAGGGUCUUCAGCGCGCUUCAGACGAAAGUGGCACGGGCCCGUGUGCGCAGCCCAUGCGUCUCCCAGGGGACCCCUGCAGGGUAGGCCCCAAGCCGAGGAAGGCUGCCCCCAAGACCAUAUCCAAACAGGCCGGCGCAGGCGGCGCCAGUGAUCCCAGGGCUAAAUGCGAGACCUCAUCGGCGGUGCCUCCACUCGGCAAGACGGAAUACCAAGAUGGCGUCUCGAAACUCGGAGCCAUCAUUAUGCGGGACAAACUCCACCGGAGAUAG